CAGGAUUUCUUAAUGAAAAUAAAACGUAUCCAGGAUUUUUAAGUUCUAGGUUUGUGGAAAGCAUUGAUUUUGAGUUGCAUAAUGGAUGGCAGAGAAGAUGCUUUUAUAGAACUGCAGGUGAAGAAGAGUAUGCUUUCCUUCAAAGAGGAGCUCCCUUUCAUAACCAAAAGAUCAGAUUAUGUAAGGGAAGACAUGUCAGGAAGCAUCACCUCUUAUUCAGAGAGAGUGAAGGGUUUACCCCUGAUUUGAGGUUAGUCAGUCACAAAAACAGUAUGAAAAAGCAAAUUUUACCAGCGAAAUACCUUAUCAUGCUGCAGGGCUCUUUUGAUAGUUCUUCACUACACAGGAUCUAUUGCUGUAAUAUCACAAAAGUACGGUAUCUGAUAGGAGCCAAUCUUAGGUACCAGAGUUACUUUCCUGCUCAUUCACAAUCGAAAUUUGAAAAGGUACAUAAGAAAAGUACAGAUCAGAAAAUAUCAGUAAAUGCCCUAAAGCAGGAGAAGAACAAACUAAGCAUGAGGCUUAAUAGUUCUUUUAAUGUAGAAUUAUUUAAAGCUAUCCCUUUUGUUUUAUAUGAAAAUAAGAAACACAAAACAACUGGAUAUAGAAAUGGCAUAACUUCUACAAAUGAAGUCACUAAUGAAAUAACAUAUACCACGAAAAAAUUUUUGGGUAACUCUAGUUAUAUAAAUGCUGAUGAAAAAGAAUGUGUUAAUCCAAAAGAGUUGCAAACGAAUUGUCAUGAUUUUCUUUAUAAAAAAUAUUUUUCUAUUUUUGACACAUACGAAAAAAUUCCCCUAGCCACUGAUUCUGAAGACUUUGACCAGAUCCCACUUGUAAAGCAAGACAGUUCUAUCCAAAAAAUGUUAUGUGAAGGAAGUGCAGUCACUGGUUCAAAAGAAAUUCAGUGUUUGCCUGUUGAAUCAAACAAGGUCUUAAUUCCAUCUGAGCAGCCAAAAGCAACCACAGAAGAAUAUAAUUCUGUCCUGUUGCUAGAUAGACAAAUAAACAAACAUGAGAAUUGCAAAGAUUUAGGUACUUGUAGCCCACAUCUAGCAAAUAAAAAAGUAGAUGACCAAAAUACUUAUUUAUUUUCUGAAAAUUUAUUUCCUAGUUCCUCAAAUAUUUAUCAGUCUGUCACUUUGCCACUGGAUAGCAGCUCGUUUGUCAACAGAGAAAUAAGUGAAGAUGGGCACUGCAGGAGUUCCUCAAGUGCAGACAAACAAAAGGCAAGUGAAACAAUUCCUGCCAUGGUACAGUAUCUAUCCACGGGCAGUCCUGCCGUGACAGAUACAUACUUGCAAUUAGCGGCUAAAGAAACAGCGCAGCUUGUUUUACAAGGCCACGAACCGAUGAAUAAGACAGGCAGUUCAGAGCCAGCAACUUUGAAACAACAUCUUGAAUAUGUAAAAGAACAGGAAGAGAGAACUUAUGAACAAAUGCAUGUAACUAAUGAAAGUCAAUGUGAGAUUGUAAUGAAUUACUUGAUUAUGUCAUAUUCAGAAGAUAAAUCUGAAACAUUCAUUGCUGCAGAAGAGGAAUUAAAAAUGCCUUUAUCCGUAAUGAACAAUGGAUGUCUUGAAGAUGUAAAAAAUAAGUAUUUACCCUUAGAAAAUAAAAUCACACAUGAAUUUGAACUGAAGAGAAAAUUUGAUUUAGUGCUAGAAGAGCUACGUAUGUUUCAUGAAAUUAGCAAAGAAAAUGUAAACAAUUUAUCUAUUUUGGAAACAAACUUGCCCAACACCUACUGUGAAUUAAAUAAUGCUGAGGGAAGAGAUGAAAACAUGACAAGGGAUUUGCAAAGGAAAAUACGUAUUUCUUCUCCAGUCUGUGGUACCACAAAAGAAAAACACAUGAUUGACAUUAAUGAAAGUUCAUUUCAUGAAAAGAUAUUAAAUGAAAAUGAAGACCAGCAAGUAUCUAAGGAAUAUUCUAUUUCAAGAAUGUCAAGCAAAGAAUUGCUGCACUCUCCUGCAAAAGGUGCAGCCUAUAGAUAUCCAUACACAUGGGAUCCAGUAUUUUUACCCGGCACGCUUUUUAAGGAACAAAGCUAUAAUUUACAGAAAGAAGGAGGAUACUUUUUUUCUCGUGAUGUCAUAAGAGUACAGCCUCUUAAAACCUGCAAGGGCCCCAUCAGGAUUGGGCUGUCAAGAAAGGCUCGGCCAAAGAAGCUUCAUCCUUAUCUGAAAUGACUUCCUGGAUUCUUUUACCAACCUUCACAUCUGGGAUAACUCUGCUUGAAAACUGUUGAAAUGUUUUAACAUUAAUUUUUUUUGGUACUUUGAUCUUUGUGGUUUAAGGGGUUUUAGAUAUUAAUAUUUCAGUAUUUGUUAGUGAUUUAUUUAGAAAUACUCCUGUGAAUACUUGAUAGCAAAGGGAUUUAUAAUGAAUGUUACUAGUAGAAGUUUUAAUGGAAGGGUGAAUUCCUUUUAAAGUUUAUGUAAUAUUAAUAAAAUCUGUCAUGUAUUUUUCAUCUAUUAAAAUAUACAGUUGAAAUUUUCUGCCACAUCCACACAUCCUUAGAAUCCUCUGUGUGUUUAUGUAGUUUUAAAAACUCAGUAAGUAUUUUUAAAGAGAUUUGUUACAAAUGUUUAGAGUGAUGUAGAAGAGAAUUUCAGGAAGUUAAGUUUAGAUUGCUAAAAGGAAGAUUAUGUUUUAGGCCUCAGUGGCAGUUUCCUCUGAGGUAUUUCCAGUUCCAUGUACUUGUCCCAUUAGACAAAGAGUUGGAAUAAAGCUAUAAAUGCUACAGACAGAUUGUCUCAUCUGAAGGUACUGAUUCCAUUGCGUACAUCAUGGAGGCAAAAUAACAGUGCAUAAAUUCUGAAGAUCAUGUAUCUUGAGAAAUGGGGACAUUUGGAAUGCUCUGAAGCAUGCAGAUUUUGGUUAGGGACAUCUAAUUGUUACUAUACUGAUAUUUUUGUUAUAAAGAAUAGAGGCAGUUUCAACUGAAUAAAAGCACAACAAGAAACAAACAUGAGUGAAGUCUGAAAAAAAUUCCUGAAGUGUCAGAACAAGAGUAAUCUAAUAACAGGCGUUCAGAAGAAAGCAUAAAGCCAUCUGUGAUUGCACAGAGUUUUUUAGACAGAGAAUAUUUCACCCUGCAGUGGAUAAGAGAGUAUUCCAGGUA